AUGGAUGAACCGGACGAUCGCGACAUUCUCAAAGCUCAAUACCACUUGCGAGUGUUUUUCCCUGAUGUUCAAAAAGUGAGACUUCAUCGUGUUCCUCUUCAACCGAAUCUUUCCCUGCAGCACAUCGCAAUGGCGAAUUUGGAAAAUUUGGGAAUAGAAUAUCAACGCGAUCUGGAUCUCGUCGAUGUUUCUACAUGGAAUGUUGAAAAUUGUAUGAUCUGGACAAUAGAUGAUCAAAUGUCGCUUCGUGACUUGAAUCGUUUUUUGAAACUGUGGAUUAAGGGAUCCAAUCCAAAAUUGAAGGAAUUUUUAUUUAUUGGAACACGGAGAUCAUCCCAAACUGGAAUGUCUUGCUGA